CAGGCAACUUCAGCAGCCGCUAGGCUCUCGAGCCUCAUCUGUGCUCACGUCCAGAAACACCGACAUUGCCAGCAUUCGUUACUUGACGCUUGCCCAGUCACUCGUCUGAGACAGUAUCAUCAGAGGAGCCAGUGCUAGGCAGCAGGCAAGCACAUGCAUAACCAGCCUCGCUACGAUCGCCCCUUGCUGCCUUCGCACUAACCGGAUCAAGCGUCUGCCUAACAUCCCGCAGCUCUUGCGACUGUACCUUACGAGUGGCGAUUGUAUAUAACAUGGCGAGUCCUCAGAGUUCGCACCAAAGUGCGUGCGCAUCUGGAGCGUGGAUCUCGAAUGCAUCAACUUUCGCGUCGCCGAUGAUGAACGAUCUGCCAACACAACUCUCGCCAGCACAAGUCGAAGCUCAUGAGAUAUUGAGACACCUGCUAGCCAAACUGAAGGAACCGGAAUCGAGAUAUUAUGUUCGUUAUGGCCGAUGGAUCGAGCGACAUCCUAGGCUAGACGAUUUCUGCCUUCGUUGCAUAAGACCACAAGUCUGGUCUUUUCUCAACGGCCGAUGGAGCCUUGAUGCACUCAAACUCAUAUCCGGCGACCUGCGCGCCGACGCCCGUGCCAUUUACCUCAACGGUAUCCUUGGUCUUGACAGGCGUGUGCGCAUCUACGUUGGACAAGCGUCCUCGCUGCGUCCGCGCAUUGCUCAGCAUCUGAACUUCCGCUACCGGCGCGACAACCCAAGCCUGCACUACCAUGCGCUGCAGUCAUCCAUUUACAAUGCCAUUGGAGUACUGGCUGUGCUUCCGUCGCAGAACAUGGGCGGACAUGCGCUCCCGGGUAUGGACGAUCCGGCGUUGCUCUCGAAUCUGCUGGAGAUGUGGAUGGGUUUGGUGUUCAGGUCAUUGCCUGUUUCUAUGCUGGAGGAAUGGAUACCAGGAGGUAUUAGUCCGAAGUUGAGAGAGGGAAAGGAGGGUGUGUAUGGGGGUUUAAAUAUCAGAAGUCCGUUAGAUCAAGGGGACAAUAAGGCAGGGUGGGUUGAUUUAAGUGACAGCGACGAUCCAUUGGUGAGAGACUACCUAGCUGUACGUACUGCGAAGGGCGAGAGGCCUGAAAGCACCCAAGACGAUGUUGAAAAGAGGAAGAAAGAGUACGCUGAGAAGGCUAGGCGGUUGAAUCACGGUCAGAAGGAGAUAAUAUUGUCGACGAAUACGCUCGUGGUCUUCGGAAUGGGAGUAGUGAUAGGAUUUGCCUUGUUCAAGGGGUUAAGCGGGCCGAUCCAGAGACGGUGAUGAGGCACGAGGCUCACACCCCCGGAGGUCGGAAUAGAAAAUAAGCAUCAAUGACACCAAGGGCUGCAAAAAUGCGUGUCGAUUGCACCACCAGCAAUUACUGCUAAAAUACCAACUGGAAGUGAACACUACAGCCAUGAGUAUCAUAGAUCAUGUUUGAAGCCGCGACUCCAUCACUUCCCUGAUGU